AUGUGGAAGAAGAAAUGGGGCAAUGCGUUGCUUCGUAAAGAUGCCGUGAGGCGAAACGAAGUCCCAAAAUAUGACAAGAAGUGUCGCUCUAUAGAUGAUGUCGAGUCGCGUACACGUGCAGAUGCUGGGGAGCCAUUCGUCAUUCGUUUCAAACUGGAUAAACAAAAUGUGUCCUUCGAGGACGAAAUAUUCGGUUCAGUGGAUCAGUGCAUCGAUGAAAGUGACAUGGUGUUGCUCAAGAGCGACGGAUUUCCUACAUAUCAUCUCGCAAAUAUAGUAGAUGAUCGAGAAAUGCACAUCUCUCACGUCAUUCGCGGUAUGGAAUGGUUAAGCAGUACGGGUAAACAUGUGCUUUUGUAUAAUGCGUUCGGAUGGUCAGCACCGAAAUGGCUUCAUCUCCCUCUCAUAACACGAGAUGGCAAGAAGAAACUCUCCAAAAGGGAUAAAGACGCAUACGUGGACUUUUAUGAGCAAGAACUGGGUGCAUUGCCGACUGCUGUUUUAAACCUGUUGAUUCGAAAUGGUAGUGGUAUUCGUGACUUCGACACCGCUCAUCUCUACAGCCUCGAAGAAAUGAUCGCAAAUUUCGAUGAACACUGCAUCGGAAGGCGUAAUUUGCAGGUUAUCGCGAGAAAUCAGGCCUUGCUGCAGGGUAUUCUGUUUUUGAACUUCGUUUUCCAGCUUGACCAUGAGACCCUGGAUAGAUAUGGCCGAAUGGCUUUUCAAAUGUCGGAUUUUGAAACCGAACUGCUGCCUGCGCUACACAGGCUAAUCAAGCAGGACCUGCCAAAUAUACCUGCUCCGGAUGUUGCUUACCUGAAAAUGGUGACGAGUUUCUUGAAAGCUAAUGAGGAAAACUUUGCUUUUCUGUCUACACUGACGAAAGGCGAUUUCCGAUGGUUCUUAACCAAACCUAUGGCAGCUGAACGUCUUUUGUCGGUGUGCGAUCGGCAAACAGCUCUCGCGGCUCUAUCGUAUCUGCAAGAGUGCGAGUCGCUUGAUGCUGCUGCACUAAAAGUGGCUGCGGAACAGCAUGGAUGGGCAUAUACCAAGCUUCUUGCUAUCAUCCGAGUUACUUUGAUCGACAAUACGAAAGGACCUCCUGUCAAAGAGCUGGUGUCAUUCUUUGGCCUGGAUGAGUGCCGGAAACGAUUCAAAGAUAUGAUCGACUAUCUCCAUUCCUCUCCAGAAGCUGUUCUAACAGCAAAUAAAUAG